ACAUGAAUCUAAUGAUUGUUAUCAAGACUUUUCAUUGUAUCUGUGCCGUGUUAAUUUUCAAGUGAUUGUUUCAUUAAUCGACAAUUAGCUUACUUGUUAAGAGGGCUCUCAAGCAGAUAAGUUACUUAAAUGAUAACGUGUAUCCAUUGAAAAUCAUUUUCAUUUCCUGUUUGCUUUCAAUUUCAACGUGGAUGCUCACAAGUUUUUCUUUUUUUUCGACGUUGAUUGCUGUUAAACGAUUUUCUGGCUAGUGACUAAAAAAUCAAUUUGAGCAACGGAUUAAUGCAGCAUACGAAAGAUGGACGCGAGCAAUACGAAGACGAAACCGAAUCCACGGGAACGAGCAAACUUACUAUCGGUGUUGCUUUGGUGGUGGACAAUAGAUUUAUUCAAGACAGGCUACAGAAAGAUUCUUCAAACGGAAGAUUUGUACACUCCUUUGAAGAUUGAUCGUUCAAAUAUCCUUGGAGAUCGACUAGAAAAACAAUGGAAAAGUGAAUUAGAAAAUUUAAAGAAGCAUAGGAAACAGCCUAGUUUAUUAAAAGCCAUUUUUCGUACCUUUUUGUGGGAAUACAGCAUACUUGGUUUAAUGCAAAUAUUAAACGAAUUUUUUAUUCGAUUAGGGACUCCGAUUCUUCUUGGUGGACUUCUGCGCUAUUUUAAGAAGAACACGCACGAAACUUACGAAACUGCGCUACUGUAUGCGGCUGGAAUUUGUCUAGCAACAGCUGUGAACGUAAUCACGCUCAAUCAAGCAAUUUUUGGCGCAUUCCAUGUUGGUGCAAGAAUCAGGGUUGCCACUUGCUCUUUAGUGUAUCGAAAGGCAUUACGACUUAGUAAAACAGCAUUGGGCGAAACGGCACCAGGGAAGGUGGUUAAUUUAGUAGCUAACGAUGUAAAUAGAUUUGAUCUUGUUUCCAUUUUCAUACAUCAUAUGUGGUCUGCACCACUUUCUGCAUUAAUUAUAGCAUACUUUCUAUAUAUCGAAGCUGGAUAUGCCGGAUUAAUUGGUAUUGCUGCAGUUUUCGUUGUUGUUCCAAUUCAAUCAUAUACGGGCAAAUUGUCGUCCAAGUUUCGAUUACAAACUGCAAUAAAAACCGACGAAAGAGUUCGUUUAAUGGAUGAAAUUAUAUCAGGUGUUCAGGUGAUCAAAAUGUAUGCCUGGGAAAAACCAUUCUGCGCUUUGGUCGAAACUGCCCGUAAAUUAGAAUUACAAGUAGUCAGUAAGAGUGCCUAUAUUAGAGGCAUUUACAUGACUUUUAACUUGUUCACUACGAGAAUGGCUCUUUAUUGUACUCUGAUUAGUAUGUUACUAUUUCGUAAUGAUUUAACAGCUGAUAAAGUGUUUGUUUUUUCCUCUUAUUUUAAUAUUCUGGCACAUACUAUGUCUGGAAUGUUUGUACGGGGUUUUGCGGAAAUUGCCGAAUGUAUGGUCGCUGUAAGAAGAUUACAACAUUUCUUAAUGUAUGAAGAGUUUAAAAAAAAUGGUUAUGCUCUGAGCAAUUUUGCAGCUAGUCUUAAUGGUAGCAUUAAUAGUGUGUCAAAACAAGCUACUAAUAAAUCUUCCAAAUCUGAUUUACCAUAUAUUGAUGAUGAAAUAGACGUUUAUGAAAAUUUAGACAAUUCUUCAGAGAAAAGAAGACAUAAUGGUUUAGUGGUUGUUGCAAGUGAUUUACUGAAGAAUACAGUAAAUCUCAUGGAAGAUAAGAAGCAUUCUUCAACGCUAAAUGAAGAAAUAUACGCGGUGAAAAUGACCAACCUAACAGCUAAAUGGGAACCAGGUCAAUCCGAAAAUACCCUUGAAGAUGUAAAUUUUGAAAUAGAAAAAGGAAAGAUGUACGCUGUAAUAGGUAUGGUUGGAGCUGGAAAGAGUUCUUUCUUAUCUGCCAUCCUCGGAGAAAUAGAUGUUGUACGAGGACAUGUGAUAGUAAAUGGAAGUGUAAGUUAUGCUGGUCAAGAAGCUUGGGUCUUUGGAUCCACUGUUAGGCAGAAUAUUCUUUUUGGACAAUCUUACGAUCGUCAUCGAUAUCAAAAAGUUAUCAAAGCUUGUUCUCUUUUGAGAGACUUUAAACAAUUCCCACAAGGUGAUCAAACAGUUGUUGGAGAAAGAGGUAGUUCUUUAUCAGGAGGACAAAAAGCAAGAAUCAAUUUAGCUAGAUCAUUAUACAGACAAGCAGACAUUUAUUUACUGGAUGAUCCAUUAAGUGCUGUUGAUACUCAUGUUAGUAAACAUUUGUUUGAAGAAUGUAUGCAAAGAUACUUAGCUGGAAAAACGCGAAUUUUGGCUACUCAUCAAUUACAAUACGUAAAAAAUGUAGAUGCUAUUAUACUUAUAGAGCAAGGAAAAGUAACUGUAUUCUCACAUUUUCAUGAUUUAUUAAAUCAACGGCCAGAGUAUGCUGAAUUGCUAGCAGCAGAAUCAGAAACAAUCGAUGAUAAUUCUUUAGAAAAAAGUGUCAUGAGAAGACAAUUUUCAUCAUCAAGUACCAGAAGUCGAACUCCAGAAGUAAGUAGUGGAGGAACAGAUGAUGAGGAGGAUGAUGAAAAUUCUGAGAAAUUUAACGACGGUUUAGAAGGAACCUCCCGCGGAGCAGUCAAAGGACCAAUAUUCAUAAAGUAUUUCCAAACUGGUGCUAAUUUGUGUUUAGCCUCUACAUUACUGCUGCUAUUUAUAUGCACACAGUUUAUAGCCAGUCUCAAUGAUUAUUUUGUUCCUAUUUUAGUAAGUGAAGAAGAGACACGGCAUUAUUAUCUUACACAAAUUAAGUUAAAUAUAACCAAUGAUACCUCAACUGAACAUUUGAAUAUCUCCUCCAUGUAUAAUUAUAUGUAUAUUUAUACUGCUAUAGUUGUUGGAUUAUUCUGCAUUGGCAUUACUAGAUCGUUGACUUUCUAUAAUGUAUGCAUAUUAUGCAGUCAAAAAUUACAUGAUAUGGCCUUUAAUGCCUUAAUUAGGACUAGUAUGAGGUUUUUUGAUAUAAAUCCUAGCGGCCGAAUCCUCAAUAGAUUCUCUAAGGAUAUGGGUGCCAUUGAUGAACUGUUACCAAAGGCUAUACUCGAUGCUGGUCAGAUAUGUAUGAUGAUGGUUGGGUCAUUAACAGUAUCAUGCAUCAUUAAUCCCCUUUUUUUAAUACCUAUAGUAUUUUUGGGUGCAGUUUUUUACUGGAUAAGGAAAGUAUAUUUGAAAACCAGUAAAAAUAUUAAAAGAAUGGAAGGAAUGACUCGAUCUCCUGUGUUUACUCACUUAAAUGCUACACUAAAUGGAUUAACUACCUUAAGAGCCUACUGUGCGCAGGAUAUACUAAAAAAAGAAUUUGAUAAACUGCAAGAUACUCAUACUUCUACAGUUUAUAUGUAUGUGGUAGUGAGCAGUGCCUUUGGAUUUUCAUUGGAUAUCUUUUGUUUCAUUUUCAUAUCUCUAGUUACCUUUAGCUUUCUUCUAUUGGAGCAAUCAUUUUCUGGUGGAGAGGUAGGUUUGGCCAUCACCCAAGUAAUGGCUAUGACUGGGAUGAUCCAAUGGGGUAUGAGACAAAACGCUGAAGUGGCGAAUCAGAUGAUGGCCGUGGAACGUGUAUUAGAAUAUACGCAGAUUACACCUGAACCAAAUUUGCGCGACAGAGGAAAAUUUGCUAAAAACACCGAAAAGCAAGUCGCACUUCCUGCUAACGCACCAAAAAAUUGGCCUAUAGAUGGAAUGAUCAGAUUCAGAAAUGUUUAUAUGAGAUACACAGACGAAGAUCCACCUGUAUUAAAGGGAUUAAAUCUUGUAAUUAAUUCUGGGGAAAAAGUUGGUAUAGUAGGAAGAACUGGAGCUGGAAAGUCGUCCUUGAUUUCAGCCCUAUUUAGAUUAGCUAAAGUUGAAGGAGUUAUAGAAAUCGAUGGUUUAGAUACUGCAUCUAUUUGUUUGGAAGAUUUACGCCGCAAUAUAUCAAUUAUCCCACAAGAUCCAGUUCUAUUCUCUGGCACUUUGAGACGCAAUUUAGAUCCUUUCAAUGAAUUUACUGAUAAAGCUAUAUGGGAUGUACUUGAAGAAGUAGAAUUAAAGGAUGCUAUAGUUACUAGUGGUACAGGUUUGGAAAGUCGUGUUUUGGAUAGAGGUAGUAACUACAGUGUUGGCCAAAGACAGUUGGUUUGUUUAGCAAGAGCUAUUUUAAGAAACAAUCAAAUAUUAAUGCUUGAUGAAGCGACAGCCAAUGUGGAUCCACAAACGGAUGCCUUAAUUCAGCAUACAAUACGACAGAAAUUUAACAGAUGUACUGUACUUACUAUUGCUCAUCGAUUAAAUACCAUUAUGGAUAGCGAUAAGGUUUUAGUCAUGGAUAAAGGUCGCAUGGCUGAAUUUGAUCAUCCACAUAUAUUAUUACAGAAUAGUUACAGUCAAUUUAAAUCGUUAGUUAAAGAAACAGAUCGUGCUAUUUACGAUCAGUUAGUGAAAGUAGCAAAGCAAUCUUAUAAUGUAAAAUAUGGAGAACGAUGAUCGUUAAAAGUUGUCAAAUUAUAAAGUUCGUGUAAUGGUAAAGACAUAUUUACUUAUUUAUUUCAAUUUUACCAAGUAUUAUUACAAGUUCCAAGCAUAAGCGAUAUUUGGAAAAACAUAUUUUUAUA